GCCGGCCCUAGGCGGCGAGCGCAAGGCGGAGUUUUCCCAGACGCCAUUUUCUCUUCCCGCGACCGAGGCCGCUCUCGCCCCGCUUUGCCGCCUCUCGCCGUCUCCGCCGCCGCCCUCCUCACAGCUCCCUCCUGGCAGGCUCCUGAAGCAAUAGGCUGUUGGGUUUUGAUCCCGCCCAGAAACACUCGAGUUUUGCUCUGCAAGGAUAUAUAAUACCGGUUUUAUCUGCCCACCUAAGAAUAAAAGGUAAUGGAGACUGAACAACAGGAGGAGACCUUUACCAACACAGAGACAAAUGACCUGUCUACAGGCAAACGUCCUGCAGAAGAUAUGGAAGAAGAACAGGCCUUCAAAAGAUCUCGAAAUACAGAUGAGAUGGUUGAAUUACGCAUCCUGCUUCAGAGCAAAAAUGCUGGAGCAGUGAUUGGAAAAGGUGGCAAAAAUAUUAAGGCACUUCGUACAGACUACAAUGCCAGUGUUUCAGUCCCAGACAGCAGUGGCCCCGAGCGCAUCUUGAGUAUAAGUGCAGAUAUAGAGACAAUUGGAGAAAUCUUGAAGAAGAUUAUCCCUACUUUAGAAGAGUAUCAACACUACAAAGGCAGUGACUUUGACUGCGAAUUAAGACUUCUAAUUCACCAGAGUCUGGCAGGAGGAAUUAUUGGUGUCAAGGGUGCUAAAAUCAAAGAACUCAGAGAGAACACUCAGACCACCAUUAAGCUCUUCCAAGAGUGUUGUCCUCAUUCCACUGACAGAGUGGUGCUUAUUGGAGGAAAACCGGAUAGAGUUGUGGAAUGUAUCAAGAUUAUCCUGGAUCUUAUCUCUGAGUCUCCAAUUAAAGGACGGGCCCAGCCUUACGAUCCCAAUUUCUAUGAUGAAACAUAUGACUAUGGUGGCUUCACAAUGAUGUUUGAUGAUAGAAGGGGACGUCCUGUAGGAUUUCCAAUGCGUGGAAGAGGAGGUUUUGAUCGAAUGCCUCCUGGUCGUGGUGGACGACCUAUGCCUCCAUCAAGAAGAGACUAUGAUGAUAUGAGCCCUCGCAGAGGACCUCCACCACCUCCCCCAGGUCGUGGGGGCAGAGGUGGCAGCAGAGCUCGUAAUCUUCCUCUUCCUCCUCCGCCACCUCCUCGUGGCGGAGAUCUUAUGUCUUAUGACCGAAGGGGCAGACCUGGAGACCGUUAUGAUGGAAUGAUGAUGCAGUGUCAUGUGGAUGCCUGUGAUGACAUGCAACCACCAGAAUUGUUUGAGGGUGGCUCUGGAUAUGACUAUUCUUAUGCAGGGGGCCGUGGUUCAUAUGGAGAUCUUGGUGGACCCAUCAUCACAACACAAGUAACGAUUCCCAAAGAUCUGGCUGGAUCUAUUAUUGGAAAGGGAGGCCAGAGAAUCAAACAAAUACGUCAUGAGUCAGGAGCUUCGAUCAAAAUUGAUGAACCGUUAGAAGGCUCAGAAGAUCGGAUAAUAACUAUUACAGGAACACAGGACCAGAUACAAAAUGCACAGUAUUUACUGCAGAACAGUGUGAAGCAGUAUGCAGAUGUUGAAGGAUUCUAAUGCAAGAUUAUUUUUUCUUUUUUAUAGUGUGAAGCAGUAUUCUGGAAAGUUUUUCUAAGACUAGUGAAGAACUGAAGGAGUCCUGCACCCUUUUUUUUUUAUCUGCUUCUGUUUAAAAAGCCAACAUUCCUCUGCUUCAUAGGUGUUCUGCAUUUGAGGUGUAGUGGAAUCUUUGCUGUCCACCAGAUGUAAUGUUUUAGUUCCUUACAAAUAUUUGGGGGGGAGGGAAAGGGCGUGCAAGACUAACAUUGAAAUUUUGAAACAGCAGCAGAGAGAGUGGAUUUUAUUUUUGUUCAUUGUUGGUGGUAAAUUGUAAUGUUUUCUGUAACUAUUGUGAACACCUUGCUUUAUGUACACUGUAUUUUUUUUGAAGGGGGGAGAAUACUGGUAGUCCACGUGUCCCUGGCAUCCUUUAAGAGCAGUGUGCAGAAUGUAAUGCUCUUUUGUAAGAAACAUUUUAUGAUUUUUAAAUAAAUUUAGUGAACCUA